GAGUGCGGCGGGCGGGCAGACGAGGUGACCCCGCGACAGAUGCUUAUUUCAAAAUGAAUAUCUAAGGACUAAGUUUUUCACCAAAGUAUUACAUCAUCGUUAGUCAAGAUGUCUUCAGCGCCUGAGCCUCCAGCCUUUGAAAAGGAGCCGCCCAAGGAGAAAGACCUGGGAAACGUAGGGCUCAGAGGGGUCGGCACCACAACCUUAUUUCGAGCUGUGAAUCCAGAGCUCUUCAUUAAACCUAACAAACCUGUAAUGGCUUUCGGAUUAAUAACCCUUUCGCUUUGCGUGGCUUAUAUCGGUUACCUACAUGCAACGCGGGAGAAUGAGAAGGACCUCUAUGAAGCUAUUGAUAGUGAGGGACACAGUUACAUGAGGAGGAAAACGUCUAAAUGGGAUUAACUGAGCUGGUUGCUGCAGAUGAAGGUUUACGGGGGCUCUGAAAUCUUCAGCUGAAGAUUAGGACCACACAGUGUCUUGUUUGUUGUUCCAGAAGAUGCUGCUGAGGAAGAAGGAUGGCGAUUGCAGCCAGACCCCUCGAGAGAAUGUUGUCCUUUCAAAAUGGCAGCCGUUAUCGCAUUCUUUUUUCCACAGAAAGAGCUGUUCAGUAUUUUAAUUUUAUUAAAUCCUCUUUUAAAAAGUGCCAUGAGAAUGGAAGUCAUUUUUGUAAAUUAUAAAGUUCUGUCCAAUAAAAGUACUGCUGCUCUUAAAAAAAAAAA